AUGGUCAUAGCUUAUCUACCACAGCAUGAGCUUGAUGCCAAGGAAGAUCAUCCGUAUCCAGAACCGGCAAUUCCUCCAUUUGCCGGCCGGCUGGGGGGCAACCAGGACUUUAUCCUUGACCGGAAUGAUCCGAAAAAUGUGAAAGUCCUGGAGCAGGUGCCCGAUGCGGCUCCCUGCAUGACCGUGGCCGAGAUCUUCGAUCUCCGGGGCUUUGCGAGUCCAGAUUUAUGGAAGUUCGCAAUGCUGGAAUGUGUCGCCAGUUUGAUGAAUGUUUUUAUUUCAUGCUGGGUUACGACGCAUCCCCUUUCCAAGACCACUUCCCCGACAACCGAAGCUGGAGUCUAUACCACUGUCACCUUCUUCUCCCCUCUCUUCGGCGGCAUCACCAAUCUUCUUUUGACUCCCCUCUUGAUCUUUACCUUCUCCCCCUCCAGUGGAGGCCACAUUAGCCCGACUAUUACUCUGGCCACCUUCUUCGCCCGGAUUAUUUCCUUCCCACGCAUGGUACAAUACAUAGGCGGACAAACACUAGGUGGUGCAUUGGCUGGCUUUGCCUUGAACAGUGCUUACGGUAAUCGAGAGUUUACCGUAGGUGGAUGCCAUAUUGAUUCUUCCAUGGUGCCGGCCAAGGACGGUCUGGCUAAGGUGUUUGGCCAUGCGACGUCGCCUUGGUUAGUGGGGAUUGUUCUGGGAAUUGUCAGCUGGGGAACCGCUUUUACCCGGGAGGGCUAUAUCGGAGCCAGCCUUAAUCCCGCGCGGUGCUUGGGAGCCUAUGUGGCGUCCUCAUUUCCCACUUAUCAUUGGAUCCACUGGGUUGGACCACUCGCGGCUGCCAUCGGGCACGGCCUGGUGUAUUUUGCUGACCCACUUUGGACCGAGACGCGGAGUUCGCCGUGA